AUGUCAGAAGAGUCAGACAAAGAUGAACAGCUCACAGACCGAACAACCAGUGAUGAAGAUGAGUUGGAUAAUGACACCUUUAUGAAAUUUGUAAGCGAAGAUCUCCAUCGGUGUGCACUGUUUACAGCAGAUGCUACUGGUGACCAAUCUUUACCUCGGACUACACAGAUUUUGUUGGAAUAUCAGCUAGGGAGAUGGGUCCCACGUCUUCGUGAACCCCGAGACCUAUAUGGUGUCUCUUCAUCUGGUCCACUGAGUCUAACACGAUGGCCAUGCCACUGUGAAGUAGUUGAAGAGAAAAUCCUACACAUUGAUUGUGCUCCUCCCUACCCUGAGCCAUUGUAUGUCUCAACAGGUGAUGAAUUGGAACCCCAUUAUCUAGACUCUACUCAAGGCACUGUGGUUUAUCUUGGUAAUGAUGCUUACAAAGACCGCUGUUUCAUGUAUUCUCGAAUAGGGGGUGUCAGAUCUCUUCAGAAGCACUCAGAAAUUCUACCUGUGGAGGACUAUGACAACACUUUGAUAUUUGAAGCCAGGUUUGAGAGUGGUAAUCUGCAAAAGGUGGUCAAAGUUACUGAUCAUGAAUAUCAGUUGACUGUUCGCCCUGACCUCUUCACAAGUAGACACACCCAGUGGUAUUACUUCCAAGUGACCAACACUCAAGCAGGGAUCCCCUAUCGGUUUACCAUUGUCAACUUCACUAAGCCGGAUAGUCUGUACAAUCGUGGCAUGCGCCCACUCUUCUACUCUGAAAAAGAGGCCAAGAUGAACAAUAUUGGCUGGCAAAGAACAGGAGACCAAAUCAAGUAUUAUAGGAACAAUAUAGGGCAAGAAGGGCGUCAAUUUUUCUCUCUUACAUGGACUUUCCAGUUUCCAUAUGACAAAGAUACAUGUUACUUUGCUCACUGCUACCCAUAUACAUAUGCCAACCUGCAAGACUACCUUUUAGCUAUCACUAAUGACCCAAUACGGUCACAGUAUUGUAAAAUCCGUGUGCUGUGCCACACACUUGCUAGGAACAUGGUAUAUGUUUUAACAAUUACUACCCCUUUGAAGAAUACUGAAUCAAGAAAGCGUAAGGUGGUGAUUUUGACAGCAAGGGUACAUCCAGGAGAAACCAAUAGUUCUUGGAUCAUGAAAGGCUUCCUAGAUUAUAUCCUAGGAGAUUCAAGUGAUGCCCAGCUGCUCCGGGACACUUUUAUCUUCAAAGUGAUACCUAUGCUGAAUCCAGAUGGUGUGAUUGUGGGAAAUUAUCGAUGUUCCUUAGCUGGACAGGAUCUAAACCGUUGCUACACAUCUAUCCAAAAGGACUCUUAUCCUUCUGUUUGGUACACCAGGAAUAUGAUCCGUAGAUUAAUGGAAGAUCGGGAGAUUCUCCUAUAUUGUGAUCUUCACGGCCACAGUAGGAGAGGGAAUAUCUUCAUGUAUGGCUGUGAGAAUAGUGAUGAAGAUAAAGAGUUGUGCUUAGAGCAACGAGUAUUUCCAUUUAUGCUGAGCAAGAAUUGUCCAAACAAAUUUUCAUUCUCAGCUUGUAAGUUUGAUGUCCAGAAGAGCAAAGAAGGGACAGGAAGGGUAGUUAUGUGGAAAAUGGGAAUCCAUAACAGCUUUACCAUGGAGGCUACUUUCUGUGGCUCUACUAUUGGUAAUAGACGAGGUACCCACUUCAACACAAAAGACUUGGAGUCUAUGGGAUAUCAUUUUUGCGAUUCUCUUUUAGACUAUUGUGAUCCAGACCAAACAAAGUAUUAUCAAUGUAUGAAAGAAUUAGAAGAAUUGGAGAUGCAGCACUCAAGAAUAAUAAACUCAGAAAAAAUGCAUUAUGAUUCAGAUGCUUCAUUCAUAGAUACUGCAUUGGAUCUAGAUUCUAGUAGUGAUGAAUCUGACAUUUCAGAGACCAGUGAAACUUCAGCUUUUCUCAAAAGAACUUCCCAGAUAAAAACUAAGGAAAAAUAUAAGAAAAAAACAAAACAAAACAAAAAUUUAGUAGAUUGUUCCAGAAAAAUUCUAGAGAGGAACAAGAGCCAGACUAUACUUUCCUGGCUUCCCUCAAAUGCAGCCUCUAAAGGACGCUACAAUUUCCACACUGAGGGACUGGCUCACUGUGUGAAGGUCAAGUCUCCCUCACUACCCCAAGGCUGUAUUGGCUCCUCACUAUCCUUUGGAGGGCUUUGCCUGGCAGUGGUUCCACCGCAGACAUCAGAUGGAAUAGAAUCCCUGCAAGCACAGCAGCAGCAAAAGCAUGUCCCACCAGAAUUUCUUCAGUCUCAGGCAUGGAUCUCUGGGUUUCCUGCCUUGAAAGCAAAACAGCAGACACCAGGAAAAAAUCUGCAAUGCAAACUAAAGAAUAACUAUAGAGAACCUACAACUUCCCUACGGAAGAAAUCUAACAUGAAUUGGACAGAAAAUACAAAAAGGAUCUUUAUUAAGAAUAAGAAUUUUCAAUCACAAGAAAUGCUUCAAUUCUUAUUCCCUGUUGUGGAAAGUGCUCAAAGAACACAAAGCCCUCAGAUGAAACAACUAUUUAAACCACAAUCAAACAUCGAGGUCCAGUACCGAACAUUAGUGCCUGUUGACAAAGGAAGAGGGUUCAAAGCCAAGGAAAAUAACAGCAACUCUGUGAAACAGAAAACCAGGCCUUGCUUCUUGGUUACUUGCAGGGGAACAGUGUUAAUUUUUGACUACAUGUGGCAGACAUUAUGUUUAUGGCACGUGAAAUUAUAA